AUGCCUGAAGAAUGUGACCCCGGCCCGGGCCCUGGCUCCGUCCGAGAGUACCACCGCCACCCCUCCGAACACUACGACGGGGCGGGGCACCCCUACUACCCCCCCGGAGGUCCACCAGAACCCCUAGCUCUGGAGCAUUGCUCCCACACCCACUCUGGUGGGGGGACGUUCCCCCGCUCCCACCCCAGCCAGCACCCCCCGACCCAGCAGUCGUACGACUCAUGUGAGGAGUGUCUGUCAACGGUGGGGAGUCACGGGGGUAAGAUGCACCGCAUGCCUCCUAACCACCAGGAUCAGUUUGAGAAGAAGCUUCCCUUCCACCCUGACGGGUUUCACACCCUGCAGUACCAGAGGAGGGCCAGCGGGGCGGAGCAGCGCAGCGAGAGCCCCUCCCGUAUCCGCCACCUGGUUCACUCAGUCCAGAAACUCUUCGCCAAGUCCCACUCCCUCGAGGCGCCGUCGAAGAGGGAAUACAAUGGCACACGAGGAGGAGGGGAACACCGGGAAAGAGGAGGAGGAGGAGGGCCCAGGAGCGGAGGAGAGGAGGGGGGCGGCCAUAACUAUUCGGGCCACCAAUCCCGCUCGGCGAGGCGCAGCAAGUCCCGCGAGCGCUCCAAGAGUGGGGACGGGCGCCACGAAUCCUCCGGCCGGCGCCACAGGAGCCGAACGGCGGGGUGGUGGAGCUCCGACGACAACCUGGAUAGUGACAGCAGCUUCUUGGUAACCGGGGGCAACACCGGGCCAGGUGGUCGAGGUGGGGGGGCGGGGGGGGUUACCCCACGGGGCACGAGAGUCUGGACGCCGCUAUCCAGGAGCUGA